UGUAUGAUGGUGAGGAAGUCUUCAGUGCGGAAGGAACAAGAAUCAGAAUUAUAUUCUCCCUCAGUAGGCAAAAACCAAUUCUUGGAAAAAGAAAAAAUAUAAUGGCUCUCCCAGAAGAUGACAACACAGUCAGGGACAGUAUUAAUCUGCAAGACAUGCAACUUGAUGAAAAGCAGCUGAAAAAGAAAGUUCCAGGGUUCUGGUCAGUAAGAUAUGGCCUGGCCAUCAUCAUACACUUCUGUCUAUUUGUAACUACCUCACAAAAUUUGAGUCUGAGCAUCGCCAUUGUUGCCAUGGUGAACAGCACAUGCCAGUCUAAUCAGACCAGUGUUUCCAGGAAGGGGCAGCCUGAUGUCACUCUGGAUGCAGGGGUCCCUGCAUAUGACUGGAGUCCGGAAAUUCAGGGGAUAAUUCUCAGUUCCAUCACCUAUGGUCAAAUCAUCACAUUAACCCCAAGUGGAUACUUUGCUGGAGUACUUGGAGCAAGGAAAAUCUUCAUGAUUGGAUUGUUCAUCUCCUCUGUUCUGAGUUUCUUAAUACCGUUAGCAGCAGCUCAAGGAGUGGCUUACAUCAUUCUGACAAGGACGGCCCAAGGUUUGGCCCAGGGGAUGGAACUUGGAGCUUCACCAUCUUUCUGGGUGAAAUGGGCUCCACCACUGGAACGGAGUCGAAUAAGUAGCAUUACUUCAUCUGGUACAAUUUUGGGAAUCUUCACUGUUCUCCUUGUGGGUGGAUUCAUCUGUCAAUCCUUAGGUUGGCCAUACAUCUUUUAUAUCUUUGGAGGAAUUGGCUGUGUCUGCUGUGUUAUUUGGUUUUCUCUAGUUUAUGAUGAUCCUAUAAAUCAUCCCUAUAUAAGUGAGAGUGAAAAGGAAUAUAUCACUUUUUCAUUGGCUGGAGAGAACAGCUCCCCCAGUUGGUCGUUGCCCGUCAGUGCCAUGAUCAGAUCCCUCCCACUGUGGGCUAUUAUAAUCACUGGUUUUUGCCGAUUCUGGUUAGUCACCAACCUGACGAUAUCACUGCCACUACUGAUAAACAUUAUGUUUGAUUUUGACAUCAAAAAUAAUGGGAUUCUGAGUGCACUGCCUUCUAUUGCUGCGUGGAUCUGUAUUACCUUAGGAAGUCAAAUGGCAGAUUUCCUCUUGUCCAAGAAGAUUCUGAGUCUAGUGGUGGUUAGGAAACUCUUCACAGUUCUGGGAAUGCUUCUCCCAUCAGUAUUCAUCACAGCUGUGCCAUACGUCAGUUCCAUCACUGCUAUUACCUUAUUGAUGCUCUCUAUGGGAAUAAGCUGCCUGUGUUACUCUGGAUUCAUGAUUAAUUCCCUAGAUAUCGCUCCCAGGUAUGCUAGCUUUCUCAUGGGACUUGGAGGAGUUUUUACUAUGAUACCAGGAAUCCUUUCACCCACUGUUACUGGUUAUCUCAUAAAGCAGGACUCAGUAUCCGGCUGGAAGAACGUGUUCUUGCUGUCAGCUGCAAUCAAUCUGGCAGGAAUGAUCAUCUAUGUCAUCUUUGGCCGUGCAGACAUCCAGGACUGGGCUAAGGAGGAAAGACUCACCCGCUUCUGAAUGUUUCUGAAUGCUAAGAUGAAGUCAAAAGUUACCUAGACAUUUCUAAAGGAUUUUCAUUUGCUGUCAUUUUAUUUUUUCAGUCACUUGAACUGAUGCAUUCUGAAUUGCUUUUAGCUCUUUUCCAGUUAUUAUUUUGAGAUGUAAACUGUGUAUGCUAAACAUACUUUCUAAAGAGUUUA